GGAAGACAGAAAAAAUCAAAUAUGAUGAAGAAUGAAGAAAUGAGUUUUAAUGUGGACAGUACCCGAGCCUCUCCCUUCUCCCGCUGCCUGCAGCCACUGAGCCCUGUUACAAAGCCACACAGAACAACUCCAUUUGGUGAAGAAUUCAGACCACACCUCUCACAUUUCCACUAUGGCCCUCCUCCUCUUGGAGACAUGGAAACAUUCCAUGGGUCCUUGGAAGGAGGGUCUCGGAAACGCAAGAGCAUGCCAACAAAAAUGCCUCCUUCUAUCGCUCUCGAUGGUUCAUCAUCACCACCAGACAGACCUGAAGAUCACAAUGACAUAGGUUCUUCCAGUCUCCCCUUGGUGUUCCAACAGCCAGCACCGCCCAAGUACAGUUCCCAGAUGAUUGACCUCUGCAACUUUGGUUUUCAGUUCUACAGAACUCUGGAGCACUUUGGAACCAAGCCCAUUAAGCAAGAACCAGUGAAGCCUAACAUGGCAUGGCCCAGCAGCCCAGCAUUCAUGCAGGCUCCUUACCCAUAUUAUCCUAAAGUCCACCCUGGCUUAAUGUUUCCUUUUAUUGUGCCACCAAACUUUCAUUUCCGGAACACCUUUCAAAUGAAAAGACCUCCAGAGGCACCCUUCAGGAGGGCUGAAGUAAGAGAAAGUGGCGAAAAUAAACAGAAAGUGGAAAGAGUAGAUGUCAACCUUCAGAUCGAUGACAGUUACUAUGUUGAUGUGGGGGGUGAACAGAAACGCUGGCAAUGUCCCAUGUGUGAGAAGUCCUAUACAUCCAAGUACAAUUUGGUCACCCAUAUCUUGGGGCACAGUGGCAUUAAGCCACAUGCUUGCACCCGAUGUGGCAAGCUUUUCAAGCAGCUGAGCCACUUGCACACGCAUAUGUUGACACACCAGGGCACUCGGCCACAUAAGUGCCAGGUGUGUCACAAGGCUUUCACUCAAACCAGUCACCUUAAGAGACACAUGAUGCAACACAGUGACAUCAAGCCUUACAACUGCAGGAUCUGUGGCAGAGGAUUUGCCUACCCCAGCGAGCUGAAAGCACAUGAGUCUAAGCACGAGAGUGGCCGAGAGAACAUCUGUGUGGAGUGUGGUCUGGACUUCCCAACUCUGGCCCAGCUGAAGAGACACUUAACAACCCACCGUGGCCCUAUACAGUACAAUUGCACUGAAUGUGAUAAGACCUUCCAGUACCCUAGUCAGCUGCAAAACCACAUGAUGAAGCACAAAGACAUCCGCCCAUACAUCUGCACUGAAUGUGGCAUGGAGUUUGUGCAGCCCCACCAUCUCAAACAACACUCCCUAACUCACAAGGGUGUGAAAGAGCACAAAUGUGGAAUUUGUGGCCGGGAAUUUACUUUGCUGGCCAACAUGAAACGACAUGUCCUGAUCCACACCAAUAUCAGAGCCUAUCAGUGCCAUUUGUGCUUCAAGAGCUUUGUGCAAAAGCAGACUCUCAAGGCCCACAUGAUUGUUCACUCUGAUGUCAAACCCUUUAAAUGCAAGCUAUGUGGAAAGGAAUUUAACAGAAUGCACAAUUUAAUGGGACACAUGCACUUGCACUCGGACAGUAAGCCUUUCAAGUGCCUCUACUGCCCCAGCAAAUUCACCUUGAAGGGGAACCUAACCAGGCACAUGAAAGUCAAACAUGGGGUCAUGGAAAGAGGCUUUCAUUCUCAAGGUUUUGGAAGAGGAAGAAUUACUCUGUCCCAGACAAAUGUCUUGAGAAGCUUGGAACAGGAAGAGCCCUUUGAUCUUUCCCAGAAAAGCCAAGGGAAGGGAAUCUCAUUUCAUUCGGAUGGCGAGAGUGCCAAGGGAAGCUCAUGCCAGGAAGAAGACGACGACAACUGCUAUGAGGCAGAGCGGUACAGCCCUGCCAUGUACCACCAUGAAGACAACAAGCUGUACAUGGCUCAAGAUCUGUCUGGCAAACCUGAGUGCAUGAUGAAGGCCUUCGGAGAGUCCUACUGCAAUGAGAAGGAAGAAGUGCUAAGUGAGGGAGGACUGGAGAAGAGAAUAGGAAAUUCAGACAAACAGGAGAGCCAAGGAGAGAGAGACCUUGCAAACAACAAAGAGCACCUCAGCUUUAGAUCCUUUGAAAAGGCCAGACUUGGCCACUCUCUCUCUGAUUACUUGUAUUUCAAGCACAGGAACAAGAGUUUGAAAGAAUUGCUGGAAAGAAAAAUGGAAAAACAAACAAUGCUUAUAGGCAUUUAAAAUGGACAUUUUAAAACAGCUGGAAAAUGGGAACCAGAUAGCUUUU